UGUUGAAAAUUUACUGCAAUGUGCGGUGUGCAUGGAGUCAUAUGAAGAAUCCGGACGCCAGACACCCAAAAUGCUUCCGUGCCAGCAUUCUUUUUGCGUUGAAUGUUUGGAAAUUAUUUCCAGAUUCGGAAGAAUACAGUGUCCAAGUUGUCGUGAACAAUUCUCCACAUCUGUUGAUGAACUUUCCAGAAGUCUCGUUCUUAUUCAGCUAUUGGACACCAGAGGGUCAUCACCUAGAAGAAACAAUGUAACUGAUGCGAAUCUUUCAAUUCUGCUCAAAGAAAAAUUUCGUGACCCCGACAACGCAAAAGAGUAUUUAUCCAAACUUAUUGAAAAAAUAUUGAGGGUGAAAAAGUUCAACUUAGAAGAAAUUGAGGCAUGGGAUAUUUUUCUAAAAUCUUACGAAUAUUAUGUUUUAAAAUAAUUUAGUUUCUUGGAGUGUUUUCAAAUUCGACUACGAUAAAAUCUAUCUGGGUGAUUUGAUCAUCGUACGUAUCUUGUUUGUAACUAAAAUUACCUUUAUUACGUCAUAAUUAUUUACAACUGUAAU